AUGACUGUCCCAAGAGUUACGGACAUUGAUGGAAUAUUGAAGAAAAUGUUGACAGCAAAUGACAGCUCACCUGUCGACAUUUUCUUCAAUAUUCCAUCAAUGUCCAUUCCCAGCUUCGGAAGCAGCGUCCGGGCGCCUCCAGAGUGCGAGAGUCGCCGAUCGGCGCCGCAGCGAUUAAGGGAAAGGCUGCGGGUGACGCGCCCUCUUGGGCCACACUCUCAGGGGUUCACGGACGAGGUCAUCGCCCACCUCCCAAGGUCCCGCGCUGCCCGGCCGCCACCGCCGCCCCGGAGCCGCGAGGAAAGAGCGACGGCCCACGCAGGCAGGAAAAUUCUCGCUUGGCAGAAAUUCCCCAGUGGCCAAGGACUCCGGGGCCAUCAAGAGAACGUGAGCCUCCAGACCAGCCAGAACCUCCUGAUCCUCGAAUCUGAGACUCCUGAUCCUGAGCUAGAAGAUACGCCUUCUGAUCAGCCUGAGCAUCCUGAUCCUGAGCCAGAAACUGAACAUCUUGAUCCUGAGCUAGAACCUGAGCCUCCUGAUCCUGAGCUAGAACCUGAGCCCCCUGAUCUUGAGCUAGAACCUGAGCCUUCUAAACAGCCUGAUCACCCUGACCCUGAGCUAGAACCUGAGCUUCCCAACGAACUGGCACUUCCUGAUCCUGAGCCAGAACCUGAGCCUGCUGACUUCCCUGAGUAUUCUGAUCCUGGGCUAGAACUUGAACCUCCCGAACAACCGAAGCAUCCUGAUCCUGAGCUUCUGACCAGUUGGAACAUCCUGGUUCUGAGCCAGAACCUGAGCUUCCUGACCAGCCUCAGCAUCCUGAACCUGAGCUUCCCGACGAACCAGAGCAUCUUGAGUCUGAGCCACACCCUGAGCUCUCUGAUCCUAAUUUGGAACCUGAGUCCCGAGCAUCCUGAUCAUGAACCAGAACCUAAGCCCACCUACCAGCCUGAGCAUCCUAAACCUGAGUUAGAACCAGAGUAUCCUGAUACUGAACCAGAUCCUGAGCAUCCCAUCCAGCCUGAGCAUCUUAACUCUGAGUCAGACCUUGUGCUUCCUGAACAGCAUAGCCCGAGUUUGAGCCGAAUUCGAGUCCGAGCCGAGUUUGAGGCCGAGCCCGAGUUUGAGGCCGAGCCCGUGAAUGAGUUUGAUGCCGAGCCCGAGCUUGAGGCCGAACCGGAGUUUGAGGCCGAGUCCGAGCCCGAAGUCGAGCCCGAGGUCGAGCCCGAGUGUGAGGUCGAGCCCGAGAAUGAGUUUGAGGCCGAAGCCGAGUUCGAAUCCGAGUUCGAGGCCGAGCCUGAGGCCAAGCCCGAGUUUGAGGCCGAGCCCGUGUUUGAAUCCGAGCCUGAGGUUGACUCCGAGAAUGAGUUUGAGGUCGAGCCCGAGCCCGAGUUUGAAUCCGAGCCUGAGUUUGAACCCAAGCCCGAGUUUGAAUCCGAGCCUGAGUUUGAACCCAAGCCCGAGGUUGAGUUCGACUCCAAGAAUGAGUUCGAUUCCAAGCCCGAGUUCGAGGCCGAGCCUGAGGCCGAGCUCGAGUUUGAGGCCGAGCCCGAAUUUAAAGCUGAGCCCGAGCCCGAGUUUGAAGCCGAACCCGAGAAUGAGUUUGAGGCCGAGUUCGAGAAUGAGUUUAUGGCCGAGCCCGAGCUCGAGCUCGAGUUCGAGGCCGAGCCCGAGUUUGAGACCAAGUUUGAGGCCAAGUUCGAGAAUGAGUUUGAAGCCGAGCCCAAGUUCAAGCCGAGCCUGAGGCCGAGCCCGAGUUUGAGGCCGAGCCCAAGUUCGAGCCCGAGUUUGAGGCCAAGUUCGAGCCCGAAGCCAAGUUCGAGCCCGAGUUCCGAGCCCGAGUUCGAGCCCGAGCCUGAGGCUGAGCCCGAGGUUGAGGCCGACCCCAAGCUCGAGCCUGAGUUUGAGCUCGAGCCCGAGUUUGAGGCCGAGCCCGAGUUCGAGGCCGAGCCUGAGGCCGAGCCCGAGUUCGAGGCUGAGCCUGAGCCCGAGCCCGAGCUCGAGCCUGAGUUUGAGGUCGAGCCCGAGGUCGAGCCCGAGUUUGAGGCCGAGCCCGAGUUUGAAACCGAGCCCAAUUCGAGAAAGAGUUUGAGGCCGAACCCGAGUUUGAGAUCGAGGCCGAUUUCGAAUCCGAACCCGAGUUCGAGGCCGAGCCUCAGGCCGAGCUCGAGCCUGAGUUUAAAGCCGAGCCCAAGUUCAAGCCGAGUUUUGAGGACCAAGUUCGAGAAUGAGGCUGAGCCUAAGGCUGAGCUCGAGCUUGAGCUGGAGUUUGAAGCCGAGGCCAAGUUCGAGAAUGAGUUUGAGACCGAGCCCGAGCUCGAGCUUGAGUUCGAGGCCGAGCCUGAGGCCGAGCCCGACCUCGAUCCUGAGUUUGAGACCGAACCCGAGUUUGACGCCGAGCCCGAGUUUGAGGCCGAGCCCGAUUUGAGGCCGAGCCCGAGCCGAGCCGAGUUUGAGGCCGAGGCUUGCCCUAAGGCUGAGCUCGAGCUUGAGCUGGAGUUUGAAGCCGAGGCCAAGUUCGAGAAUGAGUUUGAGACCGAGCCCGAGCUCGAGCUUGAGUUCGAGGCCGAGCCUGAGGCCGAGCCCGACCUCGAUCCUGAGUUUGAGACCGAACCCGAGUUUGACGCCGAGCCCGAGUUUGAGGCCGUGCCCGAGUUUGAGGCCGAGCCCGAGUUUGAGGCCGAGCCCGAGUUUGAGGCCGAGCCUGAGUUUGAAGCCGAGCCCGAGUUUGAGGCCAAGCCCGAGUUUGAGCCGAGCCUGAGCCGAGCCGAGCCCGAGUUUGAGGCCAAGUUCGAGAAUGAGUUUGAGGCCGAGCUCAAGUUUGAGGCCGAGCCCGAGUUUGAGGCCGAGGCUGAGCCUAAGGCUGAGCUCGAGCUUGAGCUGGAGUUUGAAGCCGAGGCCAAGUUCGAGAAUGAGGUUGAGACCGAGCCCGAGCUCGAGCUCGAGUUCGAGGCCGAGCCUGAGGCCGAGCCCGACCUCGAUCCUGAGUUUGAGACCGAACCCGAGUUUGAGGAACGAGUUUUGAGGCCCCCGAGUCCCCGAUUUGAGGCCGAGCCCGAGCCUGAGUUUGAGGCCGAACCCGAGUUUGAGGCCAAGUUCGAGAAAGAGUUUGAGGCCAAUUCGAAAGACCGUUUGAGGCCGAGCCCGAGCUCGAGCCCGAGUUUGAGACACGAGGCCCGAGUAUGGAGCCCGAGUGAGGCCAAGUUCGCAAAAGUGUUUGACGCCGAGAUGAGCCAGAAACCAGAAGCCCGUUACCUGAGUUUAGAGCCGAGCCCGCCCUUCCCGAGGUCUGAAGCCGAGGCCGAGCCUGAGGGCCGGAGCCCGAGCUACGAGCUGAAGUUUGAAUCCGAGCCCGACGGUCGAGCCCAGCCUGAGGCUGAGGCCCGAGCUCCGAGGCCCGAUUUGAGGCCAAUGUAUCGAGAAUGA